AUGUCUAACGAGAUAACCAAGGUCUUCUUCGACGUGGAGUGGGAGGGUCCCGUCAUGGAGAACGGCCAGCCUACUGCCACUGUUAAACCCCAGUCCGGCCGCAUUAACCUACACCUCUGGAAGGGUCUUGUACCCAAGACUACCGAGAACUUCCGCGCUCUCUGCACUGGCGAGAAGGGCUUCGGCUAUAAGGGAUCGUCGUUCCACCGUAUCAUUCCCGAGUUCAUGCUCCAGGGCGGUGACUUCACCCGUGGUAACGGCACUGGUGGCAAGUCUAUCUACGGCGAGAAGUUCGCCGACGAGAACCUCGACCUUAAGCACACCAACAAGUACACCUUGUCCAUGGCUAACGCUGGUGCUAACACCAACGGUUCUCAAUUCUUCAUCACCACCGUCAAGACCAGCUGGCUCGAUGGACGCCAUGUCCCCUUCGGCGUUGUUGCCGAUGAAGAUUCGAUAGCCAUUGUAAAAGCCAUUGAGGCUACAGGUUCUCAGAGCGGCGCCAUCAAGUAUGGCAAGCGACCCACCAUCGUCAACUCGGGCGAGCUGCCAUAA